AUUUAUUAGAACCUGCUUCUUUCUGAACAAUUUGCUCACACACGCACUGAAAUGGGAAGAGGAAAGUUCAAGGGCAAGCCCACUGGCCGUCGCCAGUUUUCGACUCCUGAACAGAUAAUGGCUGGUACCUCUGCUUCACGGCCUCGUACGUUUAAGAAGGAAGAAGCUGAGCUGGAAGAAGAGGAGAGAUCUGAAGAAGAAUCAGAAGAGUCAUCUAAGGAUGGAGCUGAAACUGAAAAGCAGAAAGGCACUCAGGGUAUCAUUCAGGUUGAAAAUCCAAAUUUGGCCAAACCAAAGAACGUGAAAGCGCGAGAUAUCAAUAUGGACAAAACCACUGAGCUUUCUAGGCGUGAAAGAGGGGAGAUUGAAAAACAGAAAGCACACGAAAGGUACAUGAAGCUACAAGAACAAGGAAAGACGGAUCAGGCACAGAAAGAUUUAGAGCGUUUAGCCCUUAUACGACAAAAGAGAGCAGAUGCCGCUAAAAAGCGAGAAGAAGAGAAAACUGCCAGAGAGCAGAAGAAGUUGGAAGCUCGCAAACUUGCACCAAGAAUUAAUGUUAAGCAAGUUUGAGACAAACAAUAUAAGUUAGUUGGGUCUGAGUCCAAGGAUUAUUAUAUUUCUGCAUUGGCAAUUGUUACAAUAGAUGUUCACCCCUUAGUCGAUGCUUGUUUGUCCAUGUUAUACAUUAAAGAUAUAUAAAUAUAAAUAAAAUGAGGUGGUUGAUCAUCAUAUUAUAUA